AUGCGUUCGGCAAAGGGCGUUGUCCGCAUCUUGUUCGAGCGCAUCGUUAAGCCCCGUCCAGGAGCGGCUGUGGGAGGUGAAGCUCCCGCGGAUCACCCUCGUCGCUGCGAGCUGUCGCUGUGGGACUUGUCUAUGCUUUCGUUCGGCUAUAUCCAGAAGGGUCAUCUUUUUUCCCUCCCUUCAGGCGAUCCUCCGGUCGAAGUUAUCGUCGAGCGCCUCAACUCCUCUCUGUCCAUCGCGCUCUGGCACUUUUACCCCCUCGCCGGUCGCCUUGCGACUGAGAUAGAUGCCGAUGGGCGGGGGAUGUUCGUUCACAUCGACUGCGACGACCAGGGGGCCGGAUUUCUCCUUGCCACUGCCGAUGGUGUCACCGUAGCUGAUGUCCUGGCCCCCUCAGAAGACGUGCCCAGCUUCGUUAGCGAUUUCUUUCCGAUGGACGGGGCCAUCAACUACGACGGGCGGUCCCUUCCCCUGCUUGCUGUCCAGCUGACGAAGCUGGAGGACGGCUUCUUCCUGGGGUACUCUUUCAACCACUUGGUCGGCGACGGCACCUCCUUCUGCCACUUCCUCAACGCGUGGGCCGAGAUCUCGCGUUCCAAGGCGGAUGGCAGCGGCCACCUCUCCAAGCCGCCGGUGCUCGAGAGGUGGUUCGCCGAUGGUAGGUCCCCCAUCAGGUUUCCCUUUACUCACGAAGAUCAGUUCAUCGAGAGGUUCUCUCCUCCGCCGCUGAGAAAGAAGAUAUUCCAAUUCACGGGAGCGUCCAUAGGCCAGCUCAAGGCGAGAGCCAACGAAGAGCGGGGCACGGUCAAAAUCUCCUCCUUGCAGGCUCUCGGGGCACUGAUGUGGAGGUGCACCACCCGGUCCAGACGUCUCCCAGACGAUCAGAAGGUCGGAUGCAGUCUGGCGGCCGAGAAUCGGAGAAGGCUACGGCCGCAGUUGCCGCCGGCAUACUUCGGCAACUCGUUCUCAGUGAUUGCCUUCACGGCGACGGCCGGCGAACUUCUGGCCAACGACCUGGGCUGGGCGGCGGGGAUGCUCAAUCACGUCGUGGCCUCGCACACCGACACAGCUAUUCGGGGAAUGGCCGAGGGGUGGAUGGCGUCCCCUUGGGUGUACCGAAUCUCAGGCCUGGACCGGCACAGCAUAAUCAUAGGGAACUCGCCGCAGUUCGACAUGUACGGAUGCGACUUCGGGUGGGGGAAGGCGGCGGGGCUGCGCAGCGGGAGUGAGAACCAGUUCGAUGGGCUUAUCUGGUCGUACCCCGGCCGAGAGGGUAGCGGCAGCAUCGAUCUGGAGGUCUGGCUCCCACCCGAAGUCAUGAGCUCGCUAGAAUCAGACGUGGAGUUUGCGCAGGUUGUUUCUACGGCGGGAAACGGUGAAUGA